GGCUGCAAAUGGCAGACCCCUCCGCUUUAAUUAUUUCCCUCUCGGGGAGUGAAAUGCGACGUGGUCUCUUUAAAAGCCGGGCCCCAGCCGGCGCUCCGACGCGCCGGCGCGGCCAGGUAGGCGGUGCGCAGGCGCCGGCUGGGCUGCCGAGCCGACGCGCAGGAAGGAGACCCCAGCCGGCCCGGUCUGCCGGCCGGGCCAUGCUGCGGUUGCUGCGGAGCGGUGCCGCCGGGGCGCUGCGCCGUCUGGGGCCCGGGAGCCCCGCGUCAGGCCUGGGUCCGCGCCGCCAGGCCUGGCCUCGGGAUAAAGAUAGAGAAAAUGAAAAAGAGAAAAAAUCAGUGAUUUGUGUCGAGGGCAAUAUUGCAAGUGGAAAGACGACAUGCCUGGAGUUCUUUUCCCACACAACUGACAUUGAGGUGUUAACAGAACCUGUGUCCAAAUGGAGAAAUGUCCGUGGCCAUAAUCCUCUGGGUCUGAUGUACCAUGAUGCCCAUCGAUGGGGCCUCACACUGCAGACGUACGUGCAGCUUACCAUGCUGGACCAGCACACUCGUCCUCAGACAUCACCUGUACGAUUGAUGGAGCGGUCGAUUCACAGUGCAAGAUAUGUUUUUGUAGAAAACCUGUAUAGAAGGUUGGGCCCCUGUGGCCCCGGGGUGCCCUACACUGACAGGCCUACCCUGAAGCUUGGGGGUCUGAUGUACCAUGAUGCCCAUCGAUGGGGCCUCACACUGCAGACGUACGUGCAGCUCACCAUGCUGGACCAGCACACUCGUCCUCAGCAUCUCACUUACCCAGCAUCGUCAGUGUGGGAGCGUUUCAGGACGUCCGAAGGAACAUGUGUUGCUGCUCUGGGCUGUCACACAGUGAUGCCCUUAGGAGGUGCUGAGGUGAUUGAGGCUGACCACAACAUGCAGAAAAUGUUAGAACUCUUUGAACAAAGCCGGGACCGAAUAUUAACUCCAGAGAAUUGGAAACAUGGUCCAUAGGAUGGGAAAGAUCAUGCCAGAAAAAUGCCUGCUGCUGCCACGUCAGCUAUUAGAAGCAAUUUGGAAAUAUCUACUUUCAGGAGGGUUUUUUAUCUAGCCAGACUUGUUUUCCUAAUGGUCUUUUCUCCCCUGCCAGUGUCUUCCGCUGGGUUACGGGAAAUGACAAAGGGACCAAUGGAUCUGUCCUGCUCUUCGGUGCUCCCAGCCUUGCGUGCCUCCUCUAGCCUCUCCUAGUGGCUUCCCACUGUUGGAUCCCUCUCAUUAAGGGAAAAGCCAUCUGAAACUAUGCUGGGAUCAUGGUCUCUAACCUUUCAGACCACCCAAAAGGGUGAGAGUGCCUUACAUCCCAGGGGAGAGGGUUGAAGCUCAGACUGAGGGGCUCCUUAGGGUUGUGCAGCCAGUGACAGUGGAAUUGGCAAAAUGCAGGCUUUUGGUGGCUCUAGAAUGUACUCCUGCCCCAGGUUGCCUCGUCCUCAGAACCCUGCCUUCCCCUGCUGGAGAGCCUCAUGUGUGUGGGGAGAGCCAGCAGGACAUGGAGCCAGUAUCAUCAUUUUCUCAUCAUUUGAGCAGUUCUCGGUGACAGUCAGCAUUUCUAGACUUUCACAGAAUUGUGCAGUUUGGCUUGAGCUCCGCAUUCAGUGGUUUCCCAGCGUGAGGCUUCUGUGGCAUUUACCACCCUGUCACCAGACGUCCACAUCUGUAGGAGAAUCACGCAUUGGCUCCUGCGUGGUGCUUGGUCUCCUUGGUGAUAAAGAUCCUUCUUGAGCUGCUGCCAGUUCCAUGUGAGGGGAGUGGCUUUUGGCAUCUGGCUGCCUAGCUCAGUGCCCAGCUGAGACAAGGGAUCACUAGCCCUGGCGUUUUAGGCUCCUCUACUCCCUGGCGGCCUUGUGUGAGGAGCUUCGGCCUUGGAACUACUGAGACUUUGUGGCCUGGCGGAAAAACACGAGUGGCCUUCAAUAAGUCUUUUUGAAAUGUUUUUUCCAUCCAAGGCAUCACCUUGGGCCAUAGAGCAUGAAACCAUCUUUAUUGGUUCAGAAAAUAUCUUAGUUUUGCUCAGCUGUGACAGUGCACAAUGGCUCAAGCAAGACAAAGCUGCCCCUUGAGUCAAGCAGGAAACAGGAGAAGGGAAGAACAUUCUCUUUUGGGGCAGUCUGGACGGAACGUUGGGACCUAGGAGCAGUAGCGCUCCUGAUGUUUAGGAGGUGGGUGGAGAAGAGCUUCAAGGAGACUGCAGCAAGCAUAGGGAAGAGUCAGGUGUGAGCUCUGGGGAAACGGCCCUCGGCCUCUCCCUAGCAGUGGUUGGUGUUAACAAAGGUUGGAAGGCCUUGUCCCAGCCUCUGUGUGAGUGUGGCACCUGUGCAUGCAACAUCCUGAUGCUACAUGGGCGACAGGUGCCCCUGGUGAUCCAGUCCUGGGGCGACUCCUAAGAGGGCAAGCCCUGUGGCUCCUGCUCCUUCCCAUCUGGACCAAUUCUUGGACCGUGUGGGUGGGACGGUCCCCCACCCAUCCCCAGCGGGGAUGUGUCUCAGCCCAAAUGUCAGUGAUUGACCAGAAGCCUGAGGGAGGCAAGAGCCUCUCUGACCAGGUACCUUGACAGUGGGGCCAUCUUUGGGAGUUUGUAAAUGAGUAGGCCAGUAUUUUUCCCACAGCUCAAUUUGAGUAUCUGUUUUGGAGGAAGUGUGAUAUAUAUAUUUUUUAAUCUUGCUCUGUGGUAGCCAGUAAACCUUUCACCCAAAACUUGAUGUUAACAUUGGAGUGUUUCCUACGUCACUGAUUUUAGCUCCCUACAGCAUCCUUGUGCCACUAGGAUGAUGUGUUUUUAUUUCUUAAACACCCAGCUUCCUAACAUGCAAUGUAUGGGUCCAAAAGAACCACUGUCUCCCACCCUGGCUUCAUGGAGAGAUGCUGUGUGCAGCUGCAGUCACUGGGGCUGGUUGCAGAAGUCUCCCAGCCCAGAGAUGUCCCAUGAAACAGAGGGAGCCCAGCUUGCACCAGGGUUGCUUUCCCUGUGCAUGUGGCAGCAGGGGUCAUAGAGCAGCUAUAAACUGUGGUGAGCCCGGGCACAAAAAGGGUAGAUGGCCCAUGGUAGGUAGGGGGCCUGGUUCUUAGAGCAGAGGGAGGCACUCCCCAGAGACUUGUGGGAAUGGCUGGGAAGAGCCUGGCAGGGGCUGGCAUCCCUGAAUUGCCAUGUUCCAGACCUGUUGGUAUCGCCCCAUUCUUACCCUGAGGCGUGUUUCUGUGGGGCAUGAAGUCAGACACACCUCAGCACACUGCUGCUGCUUUGACUCUUGCUAAUUGGAAGAAAAAAAAUCUUGAGCAGCAUAUACACUUUCUUUCAGUUAGCAUUUUUAGUGAAAUAAUUCCAGUUUACACUUAAGCUCUUUAAAUUUUACACAUAAAAUACAUGAUUAGAACCAUUCAGAAAUACUUCAUGUAUCUGCUGAUUUAAAAAGAACAAAAUACAAGUAUAUUUCUUUUACAUGUAAAACAAAAUAUGGAGAUAGGUGGUCUACUGCUGGUGUGGUGGCUCUUAGACCCCUGGGGUCCCAGGCUCUGUCUGCUUUUCUGUUCCCAGUGUGACUCCCUGCUUAGUGGCUUCCUCCCUUCAUGAGCCUCACCAUCCCCCAGGCGCUGGAGCUCGUACUUUGGCUAAUGUUGGCAUCAGGACAUACUGUGUCCCAUUCACACUUUAACUCAAAUAUGGAUGAUGACCUCUACAAGGCACAACUAAGACAGGCUGGAAGGUUCUAACAGGACUUUGCUAGAGGCCUUGGAGGUGGGGGAAAGGCCAGAGGGAAGUUGACACCCACAGGCUGGACCACACCAUCUGGCUUCAGCGCUGUGGUGCCCUCUGGGCUCCCCUGCCCCUCCCUUCUGUCCUCACAUCACAUCACCCUCACCACCUGUUACUGCAGUGUCCUCAGCUCGGCCUACAUCCCACGCUGGACCAACCCUGUGAGGGCAGAGACCACCUAUCCUGUGCACUCCCAGCUUAUUUUUACCUGUUUCUCUUCCUGCCCCCUUUGAUUUUGACCUGAGCCCCUCACCUAGAUGAGAAGUGCCCCUCUGCCUGGGGAACACAUUAGUCAGAGACCCUUCCUGGGACUCCCUCUGUCAGACCUGGGGAAGGACUGAGGUAUAUACACCUCUGAGUGUUUCCAAAGCCUGUCUGUCCGUGGGUACUGUUGAAUAUACACUACCUCAUUUCCCUAGUGCCCCGAGCCCCCUUCAAAUGCUCACAUGUCUGUGGAAUGAGUAACACUCGGCCCUUUGGCUUAUGCACCCUGCAGGGUUACAGUUAUUAAAGUAAUUGACAAGCUUUUGGAAAUGUUGGCCUCCAUUGUUGAGACUCUGAUACUGAUAAUGCCUUGCCUGGGGCCUCUGGAGGCUUUGGCAGCGCAUUACUCAGCCAAGGCCCCAGGGUCACUGGCACAGGCUUGCUUUGCCAGGUAACUGCAACCCUGCAGCUCCCCUAAGGCUGCAGUGAACCCUGUGUUCCUUUAGUAUACGUAAGAUGGUGAGCCUGGCAAAAACUGUGAUUAAACAGAAGUAAGACAAAGCCAAUCUUGCGGAAACCAGAAUGGGUAUUGGCAUUUACUGCUGUCAUCUUGAAUUCCUGCAUUUCUUGGCUUUUUCUUAAGACUUGGGUCCAUGGAACACAGGUGUCCUCAGAGAUAAUAAUAGGUGUUUUGAGAAAAGGGUUCUGUAGCCCAGGGAAUUUGGGUAACACCCUAAGGAUACAUUAGCCUGGUUAACCUCAAGAAGUUCUGUGAUAAAAACACCCUUUAAAUGUCGGUUAAGCCAGGGACUCUCAUAAACCAGUGGAAACCCUCAUUUGGGAAUACCAGUUAUCAAUCUCAGAAGUGGUCACGUUCCCUGAAAACACACAUUGAGAAGCACUGUUUUAGAGGAUCAGCAGCCGCUGAUGACUUUUGUGCCCUUUGGGAUUCUCUUGCUCACGGUUCUCUAACCUAAGAGCAUCUGAAUCUUCUGGGGGGGGUGGCUGUUAAAACAGAUUCUUGAACCUACCCUCAGAGUUUCUAAUUCAGCAGGUCUGGGAUGGGCCUAAGAAUUUGUUUUGUACAACUUCCCAGGUGAUGAUGAGGCUGUUGGUCUAGGGAUCACCCUUUGAGAACCAUUUCUUGAGAUUUAUGCUUUCUAGAAUUGGACAUCCAGGAGUUCAGAGAAACCUUGGCAUGUUGUUGAACUUCUUAUGAGUGCUGGUUAUCUUAUCUGUCAGAUGGGAGCAUUGCUCACUUGUCAGAGCUGUGAGAAUAACCUGGCAUUUGGAAGGGUCCCAGACCAGGGUCUGGUAUGCAGCAAUGCCAGUCCAUAAAUGUUAGUUCAGCUGGUAUGCCCAGGAAACUGGGUCAUGGUGCAGCUGGUGGACUUGGUAUUGGCGGUGACCACAGUAACUUCCCGUCACGGUGGCAUGGAUGCACACUCUUACCAGUUAAUCUCGACUGACCUUAUAGAUCAUAGGCCUGACUGUGGCUGACCCUCUGGACUCUACCUCUGAAAAGUGCAUCAUGGCCUUUCUAAGAAUAACAGGGCAUGGGGCAUGCAGUUGGCCUUUCUUUUCUUUUUCAAAAUGUUUCCAUUUCUUAUGGGAACUCUGGAUCUGCACCUGGUGGUCUUUCAUGAGAGGGAGGGCUGGGAGAGACACAGGAUGGGAAAGAACUGAUGCCUCUUGUUUUCUAAGGCCCUGGAUUUCCUUACACACAAAACUAAUGUUCUCUAGUCUCUCAUUUCUUGGCAGACCUCCUUCGGCAUGGGUCCAGGUGACCUCUCACCUGCCCUUUCCCUAGCACACAGAGCAGAUGCAUUUGUAGCCAGAUCUUGGAGGCUCUAGGCUUAUUUUAGGAAGUACCCAGAGAAAUGAGCAGUGACCAAUUCCUAAGUGUUAAAUGUAUCUUACCUUGUGGAAGCUGCUUGGCUUUGUGUGUGAGGCUUGGACUUUGGGGUCAGAACAUGGGCUGGGAUCCCAGUUUCCCUGGUUAGUGGUGGUGAGACCUUGAGCAGGUCCCUUCACUUCUCUGGUCUGUUUCUUCCUCCCCGGGACACUGUGGUUCUGUUUCCUCCUUCACAAGGAGAGAGGCUCACAGACUAGGAAGGGGAUAGUUUAAUGAAUUAGGAACAUAGAGAGGGUCUAGAGCAGUGCCUGGCUAUUUCCUGCUCCUUCAAACCCCCUCCACCUCGUUGCUGCAGGGCGACCAGACUCCCUCGCACGUUCCUGGAGGGGAACGCUGUUGUCAGUCUGCUCCAAGCCAGGGUGGUAGAGAGCCUGCAUUUUCAUUUUUAGAGCAUUUGAAGAGCAUGCAUGUUUCUACAGCUGGGUUAUGGGGGAAAUACUAUUUCAGCAUCCUUGCCAGCCAUUUGCUCACGAGUCCCCAGGUAAUAUGUAAGUAGGCCUCUAUUUCUCUCCAUCUCCUGACAACAUUUCCCAUGCAUUAGCCCCAGGCUAGGCUCUGCUGGGUGCCAGGACCACCCUGGUGAGCAGGACAGACAUGGACCCUCCAUGCAGGAAGCAUGAAGUUUAGCUCCUUAUAGCUGCCCCACCCUGAAAUAUCCCUGAGAAAACCCCACACCAAAGCAGGAGGGCGCCAGCAGCCUUAGCACUCCCUUCUCCUGGGAUAAAGAAUGAACUCCAAUACAGCAAUACAUCCCAGAGAAUCAGUGGUUAAAAAAAAAAACUAACAGUAAGAUUUCAGUGAGGUAGCAGGAUACAAAAUUCACAUACAUAAACAGGUUUUAAUAGUGCCCAAAUCCUGUUUACAAUGGUAACAAGACAAAAUACUUCAAAGUAAAUUUAACAAGAAAUGUAUGUGCAAAACUAUACAAGAAAAAUGUUAAAACACUCCUGAAAGACAUGGAAUAAGACCUGAACAAAUAUGAAGACAUCCCAUUCUUGACUAGGAUGACUCAACUUUAAAAAGAUAUCAGUUCUCUCUAAGUUAAAUGACAAAUUUAAUACAAUCCCAGUAGAAACAUCACAGCCGGCUUUAUGAAGUUAGGCACAUUAUGCUGAAGUUCAUAUAGGAAAAUAAACAUGCAGGAAUAACCAGGAAACCCCUGAAAAAGAAUAACUACAA